CCCGGCGCAGGUUCCGGAAGAGCUCGGUUCCCCGAGCCGAGUGUGCAGUGCAGCCACGGGCUGCUGUGGCCGCUGGGGCGAAGUGCUUUGUUCCUGGCUCGUUGUUGCCCCUGCGCGCGCAGAGAGGCCGAAGUCCUGGUGGCGCGCGCGCGCCGGGGACCCGCGAGGGUUGAGCACGGGGUGCGAUCGCUGCAGCCGCAGCUCGGGAGCUCGUGCGCCCUGCGCAGCCCGGGGCGGUCCCAGGCAGCUGAGGCGCCCGUGGGAUCCCUACAAGGCGGUCUCAGCAGCGCCUGCCAAGGCGGUGCGAUGCUGGGCCCGCCCGGGAGCCCGGGAAGGGAAAGCGGAAGCCGCGCGCCUGGUCGCUGACCGCGAGGACUUGGCGCCUCGCCCCGGCUGCCCGCAGCACCCGCGCCUGCCCUCGGCUGCCAGUCCCGCGCCGUGACCAUGGCCAUCGCCCACCUGGCCACGGAGUAUGUGUUCUCGGACUUCUUGCUGAAGGAGCCCACCGAGCCCAAAUUCAAGGGGCUGCGGCUGGAGCUAGCGGUGGACAAGAUGGUCACUUGCAUCGCCGUGGGUCUGCCUCUGCUGCUCAUCUCGCUGGCCUUCGCUCAGGAGAUCUCCAUCGGUACCCAGAUAAGCUGCUUCUCCCCAAGUUCUUUCUCCUGGCGACAGGCUGCCUUCGUGGAUUCAUACUGCUGGGCGGCUGUACAGCAGAAGAGCUCCCUGCAGAGCGAGUCCGGAAACCUCCCACUGUGGCUGCACAAGUUCUUCCCGUACAUCCUGCUGCUCUUCGCCAUACUCCUGUACCUGCCCACGCUGUUCUGGCGCUUCGCAGCGGCUCCCCAUCUCUGCUCAGACCUGAAGUUUAUCAUGGAGGAACUUGACAAAGUCUACAACCGUGCCAUCAAGGCUGCCAAGAGCGCCCGGGACUUGGACCUAAGAGAUGGACCUGGACCGCCAGGAGCGAAUGAGAACGUGGGACAAAGUCUGUGGGAGAUAUCCGAAAGCCACUUCAAGUACCCAAUCGUGGAGCAGUACCUGAAGACGAAGAAGAACUCGAAUCAUCUAAUCGCGAAAUACAUUAGCUGCCGGCUGGUGACGUUUGUCGUCAUUCUGCUGGCAUGUGUCUACUUGAGUUAUUACUUCAGCCUCUCCUCGCUCUCCGACGAGUUCCUGUGCAGCAUCAAAUCGGGCGUCCUGAGAAAUGACAGCACCAUUCCCGACCGCUUCCAGUGCAAGCUCAUCGCUGUCGGCAUCUUCCAGCUGCUCAGCUUCAUUAACCUCAUAGUGUAUGCUCUGCUGGCCCCUGUGGUCAUCUACACGCUGUUCGUCCCCUUCCGCCAGAAGACAGAUGUUCUCAAAGUAUAUGAAAUCCUGCCGACCUUUGAUGUUCUACAUUUCAAAUCUGAAGGCUACAAUGACUUGAGCCUCUACAACCUUUUUCUGGAAGAGAACAUAAGUGAGCUCAAAUCAUACAAGUGUCUUAAGGUGCUGGAGAACAUUAAAAGCAACGGGCAGGGCAUCGACCCCAUGCUGCUCCUGACCAACCUAGGCAUGAUCAAGAUGGACGUCAUUGAUGGAAAAACUCCCGUGUCCUCAGAGAUCAAGGGAGAGGACCAGAGGAGCCGGACGGGGGAGUUCAAAGAUUUGGACCUGAGCAGUGAUACUACAGCAAAUAAUGGAGAGAAGAACUCUCGACAGAGACUUCUGAAUUCAUCUUGCUAAUGGUUUCGUUCUGGAAUUUCAAGUCCGUGACUUCUGUGGCUGUUGGGUCUGUGGCUAGUUUGCAGUAAAUGUUUUUGGUAGUGAUAUAGUGUGUGUCUUACCAGUCCCUAGUAGACAUAAUGGCCAGUAGUGUCAUAGAAGAAUGGGUUAGGAAUGUCCCACAGACAAAAUAUGGAAGUGAGUAAGUGGGCUUUGUUCAAAGCCCUCACUGAAGGGCUAUUAAGAGCACAGAGCCUUCUAGAGAAACACCAUUUUGGACCGAUGGUGUUGGGAGACCUGGAGCUUCCAGAGAGCAAGCACUUUGAGGGAUGUCUUAUUUUAUGAGAUAAUAAUAAACAUGCCAGGAUAUAAUUUAAUAAUGCCCUCUGUGUGCCCUUACUAAGGCUGUUGAACAAGAAAAGCAUUCACUGGCCUACCAGCAAGGUUGGCCUGUGCAUGGAAGCAUCCUAAAUUGGGUGUGACCUGGUGUCUCGGCUCUUGUACUUGCGAACUCUCCUGUCACUUGCCAGCCUCAGCUGAUUGUUGUCCUCCAACCACUGCUCACUGCCCCGUGCCCUCUGCAAGGACAGCAGGCCGAGGCAGUACCGACUGAACGUAGCCAAGGAGGCAGAGUUGUACUGUGUCAGCUCACGCCGUGGUGACUCUUGGAAGGAAGGCUUCAGAAAUAGCCUAGUGGGAAAUCUGAAUUUAGAGGUCAUUGAUAGAUGUCAUCAAGACAUCUGAGACAGGAGAACAGCAUUGUACUGAAGCACGUUGACAGAACACAGAGGGGGGGCACUUUGCCCAAUGGGAGCCGAACACGGAGCUGACACAAGAGUGACCUUUGCCAUGCGUUUGGAGACAGAUUGUUUAUAUUUAAGCACAACUUUCUAAAGUUUAUAAACAUUCUAGCAUUGAUAAGAACUACAGAAUAGAUUGUACACAUGAAUAGUUAGGAAGGAUAUAAGCACUGCUUUGUAAACAGUUUGAUUUUUUGUGACAUGUUCUCACUUUGUAGCUCAUGAUCUGCCCUUGGAAUUACAUCAAGCCUCCUUAGUGUAGGGAUCACAGGUGUGAGUCAUGAGGCCUGGCUUUAUAAACAUGCGUGCUGACUUAGAAAUCGUUAAAGCCUGUUCACAUUCUGACCAUGUGAAGAUGUUGUCCAUUCACACUUUAUAUAAAAGCUCUUUAGUCUGCAGACCUGCCCAUUUUUUUUCUUUUUUUUUUUUUUUUAAGAUUUAUUUAUUUAUUAUGUAUACGGAAGAGGGUGCCAGAUCUCAUUACAGAUGGCUGUGAGCCACCAUGUGGGUGCUGGGAAUUGAACUCAGGACCUCUGGAAGAGCAGUCAGUGCUCUUAACCUCUGAGCCAUCUCUUCAGCCCGUGACCUGCCCAUUUUUAACACGUUGUUUACAUGAAAGUCCUCAGGAACCACCCAGUUUACUUUUGGCCAAUCUGAGGGACAGUUGUUUACCUACUCUAACUCUUUAUGGUGAAGCGCGAAGUCACGUAGCUGGCUGGCUGCCUUUGGGAAUGUGCAGAGAAGCAGAUUUUGCUUGUACUUCCGUGGCAGUUUCUGAGUUGGAAAGCUCAUAUAAUAUGAAGAGUGUACUGGGUGCUGUGAAUGGCACUGUUCCAGGAUACGUCUUUCUGUUGAGUUAGAGUAUGACUGUGACAUGGUAACUAAGGAAAUGAUUUCAUACAUUUUUAUAUUGUUGUGUUGGAGACAUUUCAUUACAGUUCUCUACAGUAUGUCUGUGUGGGUUUUGUUCUUUUUUUUUUUUUGAAAUGACCUUUAAAAUAUUUUUCUAGGAUAUGGAUUUUUUUUUUCCAAAAAGCAUCAUCUUUCUUGUAGCAUAACUUGUACUUUGAGGCAGUAAAAAUUAUAUUUUAUUUUAGAAGGUCAGGAACUCUCUGAGCUUAGCCAUAUGCAGUCCUCUGGUUAGAAUGUGUGCUUGGGGUCCUCAGCCUGUUUCAGUUCACCCUCCCAUGCUCACUCUGAGCUGCGGUAGGACCCACGGCAUCCUAGGCUUCACACUUGUUACUGGCUGGGACAGAUGAAUAGGCAGGUCCUGUAUUGAGGGCAUUAGAGCCUAGCAACACGCAGCAAAGACAUGGGCAGGUACUAAGAGACGAUAGAAGUCCCACAGUAAAGACCCUUCCAGAAAGUAGAAAAUCCUCUGUGUUGUCGGGAGGAGCCGUAUUGUCUGGUCCCCCUGCCCAUUCCCUGCCCUAAGUUGCAUAGCUGGUGAUUUAUGGUGUCUGGUGUUUUCCUGGAGGUAGAUGACCAACUUCAGCUGUAAAUCCUCUCUGGGCUGAAGUUCAGAUAGAGCAGCACCUGUGAUUUUGAGCAGUUGAGCUGCAGCUGGCCUCUCUACUUCUCUUCCAGGAUGUAGGGAGAAGCCCGUGGGGUACGCGUAUAGCUCCAAGGGGCUGCUAGACUGAUGCCCAGGAGUGCACUUUGCCCUGGAGUUAACCCUCCCUCUGCCGGCUUCCUGGCUUUGAGCGCUUCUCUAGAGAUGAGGAGGAUGCUUUUGUAAGCACCUGUCCUUUUAUUACAGACAUACCAGGUCUUCAGGGACCACUGUGAGGCCACUGACCUUGUUUCCAGUCUUAGUGAACCACUGAGGUUCCAAACCAGAUCCACACAGUUGUGUGGUAGCAGAAGCAGCACAGAUCAUUCUGGAAGCAGUGUUCUGGCACAUUUGCCAUUUUACCAAGGGGCACAUAGAGCUCUCGAGAGGCCCCCCAGCUCUGGGUGGGGGCUAUUUUUAAAGUUACAGCAGAAACAUAGCUUGUACUUGCUGACUAGCAAGCCGCUCACUGAGUAGGGUGUGCCUUGCCCUUGAGAAAGCUGCUGCCUUCAGCCUGAGACUUGGCUGUAUGGUCACUUAAUUGAGUCGUAUUUUCGAAAUUCUGAGAGAACGCCUUGUUAUUCACCUUCAUUUUCUAGACUCAGACACAAAGUCAGAGUGAGGUGGGCAGCCUCCGGCCUGGAGUGACCGGGCAACCAGCAUUGAUACUGUUUUCUCUGGAGUCA